AUGAACUUGCAUGCCAACAUUUCAAAACCUGUGCCUAAAAGCGUCUUCACCUCUUCGAACCUCAUGCCCUUUGACCCUGACACCUGGACUCCAAGCCCGGACAUCAUACUGGGUAAUGUGGUUCGUAACAGUUCAUUUGGCUGCAACAGAAGUUGGGCUGACACUGAAGCAUCUCUCUUUCCCAAUUUAUCCAUCAGCAGCACUUCCAGUGAAAAAACAGAACUGCUGUCAUGGCAAAGGUGCAACGGCGAGACGAGCAAAGAGGAGUUAGUUCGGAAAAACUGGGCUGCGUUACUGAUUUUGGUUGUGGUUAUUAUUACGGUUACCGGGAACAUUUUAGUAAUCAUGGCUGUCAAUCUGGAACGAAAACUGCAAAAUGCCACCAAUUACUUUCUCAUGUCACUGGCGGUGGCAGAUAUGCUUCUGGGACUUCUGGUCAUGCCUGUCUCCAUGGUGACCAUUGUGUAUGGUUACUCCUGGCCCCUCCCUGCAUCACUGUGUCCCAUGUGGAUCUACUUGGAUGUUCUCUUUUCCACCGCCUCCAUCAUGCACCUGUGCGCUAUCUCGCUGGACCGUUAUGUGGCCAUCCGUAACCCCAUCCGACACAAUCGGUCAAACUCACGCUCCCGCGCCCGGGCCAAGAUCACAGCCGUCUGGACCAUCUCAGCAGGCAUCUCCAUGCCAAUUCCAGUGCUGGGUCUGCGCGAUCACACCAAAGUUUUCAAGGAUGGCAGCUGCCUAUUGACUGACAACUCUUUCGUGUUGAUUGGGUCCUUUGUGGCCUUCUUUGUGCCAUUGACCAUUAUGGUGGUGACCUACUUCCUGACUAUCAGCGCUCUGCAGAGUGAGGCCACUCUCUGCCUUGACCAACUGGUGCCCAGGCCCAAAUGGAGCGCAGGAUUCACUCUCAACUUCCUCCCCGGACCCUCAUUCUCGCCCUCAGAGAAAAAACUGUUCUUGCGGCGCUCGUUGAGCCGUGAGGCGGGGGCAGAGUCGGGGGUUGUGAUGCCACCCUUUGGACGGCACACUGUGCAGUCCAUCAGCAACGAGCAAAAAGCCUCCAAAGUUCUGGGCGUGGUUUUCUUCCUGUUCGUGGUCAUGUGGUGUCCAUUUUUCAUCACUAAUGUUUUAGCGGUGGUUUGCGAGCCAGCGACGUGUGAUGCUGACUUGAUGAACGGACUGUUGAAUGUGUUUGUGUGGGUCGGUUACCUUUCCUCCGCCGUUAACCCACUGGUUUACACGCUCUUCAACAAGACUUACCGCUCAGCCUUCGCCAGAUACAUCCGAUGCCAGUUUCAUGAGGAGAAGAAACCGCUACAACUAAUUCUGGUCAACACCAUUCCACCGCUGGCCUAUCAGUCCACACAGCUGCCGCUCACUGGAUCAAUAGGCAAUGGGGAUUUCUCUCUGCCCCUUCCCAAUAAAAACCACCACCUGUCCAAAUGCAGCAAAAAUGAGAGUGUCAGCUGCUUGUGAAUUCACUUGGUGAACUCACAAAAUGCCAGCUGUAACCCUGGAUUUUCUUCUGGGUUUCAUGUUUGGCAUUCUCUCCAUCUUACCUCUACAGAAAUCAGCUCCGAUUGGUCUAAGGUAUUAGUAUUCAAAGCCCAACUGCAUCUAUGAAUGAACGGCUUCACAGUCCAUGACUUUAUCACAGGGUACUGAUACAUCAAAAGACCUUCGUCUGAUCGGGAUCUGUCCUGACCAUAAAUGUCAGUUGAAUCAAUGGGAUAAAACUUCUCUGGUUAUAAAAAUUGUAUAUAGGUGUUAAGUCAAAGUUUUGGUUUGAUGUCAAGACUUAUAUUUUUUUUUAUGUAGCACUUUAUAUGCCAGAGAGUGAAGUCUAAAUUCAUGGGAGAUCAGCAGUGUUUUGUUUACAGCGUCUGGUUGUUGAAAACGAGUGUGGAUAAAAGUUGUGAUGUGACUAGUUUUUGUACUGCGUCAAACGAUUGAGAUGCUGUCGCCUCAUUUGUAUAAGCUGACUCGUGUGCUGCUGGUUUAUCAUUUUAGCAGACAUUUGUAUUCUCUGAAUCUAGACACAGAAGCUCUCUUGAAGGACAAGAUACUGGUUUUUGGACCUUACCUUUAAAAGUAUGAAACAAACAGUGUCUGCGGUCAAUGAAAAAGGACCACUUUUAUUAAUUAUUAGAAGUGUCUUUUUAAAUUAUUCCUAUUAUAGGAUAAGAACUAAAAAAAAAAAAACUAUAGAAGCCUGUUUCCACUUCAGAGUAAAAAAUAAAAGAGGUAAAUAUAAAGCUACAAAACGAGAUACACUACCGUUGGGUGACUAAUAUUUCUUUUUGAAAAAAAAAAAAAUCUUAUGAUCACAAAGGCUGCAUUUACUUGAUCUAAAAAUAGUAAUAUUGUGAAAUAUUGUUAUAGUUUAAAAAUAACUGUUUUCUAUCGUAAUGCAUUUUAAAAUGUAAUUUUUCAUGUGGUGGCAGAGCUGUAGCCUUCAGUGUCACAUGAUCCUUUAAACUAAUAUGCUGAUUUGGUGAUCAAGAAAUAAUUAUUUUUAUUAUCAAUGUUGAAACAGUUGCUGCGUAAUAUUGUUGUUGAAACCGUUCAUUUUUUCAGUGUUCCUUGAUGAAUAGAAUGUAAAAAAAAAAAAAACAGCAUUUGAAAUAGAAAUCUUUGGUAACAUGCUGAAUGUUGCUUUUGGGCUAUUUAAUGCAUCCUUGCUGAAUAAAAGUAUCGGUUUCUUUAAAAAACAAAUGUGCAGUGCAUAAAGUAUGUAUGGUACUGUAUAAAUCCACAGUUGUUACAAAAUUACAUUGUGAGAAAUAAUGACACUUAUUUUAUGAAUUACUUAUUUUUACUCUGAUGUGGAAAUGGGCUUCCAUAGAAACCUUCUCAGAUAAAUAUUUUGAAAAGACAACAAUCCAGAUUAGAAAGCAUGCUGUUUGAGCAGUAUUUUCUGGUGGUAAACAUAAGCUAUUUUGGUCUACCAGCAGGACCAGCCCCAAACUACAGGAAACCAGCAUAAACCAGCCUGGCGCAGCAUGAAAAGUCUAAGCUUUUCAUUUUAAAAGGGAACUAAGUAUCCGCUUUUCACCUUGUCAUUUGGACCUAUCAAAAACUAUUUCUGAGACCUUUUGGAGUUGCACAUAUUGUUCAGAUAGUGGCAGUAUUCAAACCCAACACUU